AGGAGCCGCCAAUCCCUCCGGGAAUCCUUUGGGGACGACGUCGCUGCCGCCGAAUUCACCUUGUCCUGUGGGGGAGGGGUCAGGUUUUUGGGGGAGCAGCGCUGGAUCCGCCCCGGGAGCCGCUCGGAGCUGUCCCGGCUCUGCCACCUGCCCCUGGUGGGCAUCGACCUGAGCGGGACCUCGGUCACCUACGAGGGGCUGGACAACCUGGUGUCCCUGUCACACCUGUCCCACCUGGAUCUCUCAGAUUGUCCCCACGUCUCCGAUUGGGCCCUGGGGCGGCUCCACGGCCUCGGGGCCACCCUGCAGCACCUGGGGCUGGCCCGGUGUCCCCAGGUCACCGAGAGGGGCCUGGCCACGCUGCACCACCUCAGGUCUCUGCGCUCUCUGGACCUGUCGGGGCUCUCCCUGCCCAGUCCGGCGCUGCUGCGGCCGCUGCUCCAGGAGAUGCUCCCGAGCUGCCAAAUCCUGGGAAUGGCCGAGCCCGGGACCCCCCCGGGACCCCCCCAAUAAAAAUCGCUGAUUUUUCCACCCAUUCGGGGUUUUUCUGGAGGGUCCCGACAUUCCCAGACCUUUCCCCCAAAUCCUGGGGGUUCCCCAUCCUCGGAUCCUGCAGAUCCUUGCCUGAAAAAAUCCUGGAG